AUGACUGUACACUGCAUUCAAAAGAAUGAACUGAACAAGCCAGGCUUAAUAAAGUACCUCACAGGUGGCAGUCAAACCAAAGCUCUGUGUGAGCAUCUCGAGCUGUUCAAGUGUGAGUGUCGAUCAACAGAUUCAUCUUUGUCUCUGAAGCGACGACAUCACACCGUGAAGCUGAGAAAUAAAAGAAGAAGUGUUUUCUUUUACCACCUCCACAUCUGGGACUUCAAGACCAGGACCGGCUCGACUCUCCCAGGUCUCAAAAUGUCCGUCGACCCAGCAGUGGAUCUGCCUUUCUUCUACGGCUGCAUCAGUCGCUCUGAUGCGGAGCAGCACCUGAAGCUGGCCGGCAUGUCCGAUGGCCUCUUCUUGCUUCGCCAGUGUCUCCGGAGUUUGGGUGGCUACGUUUUGUCUAUUGUGUGGAACCUAGAGUUCCACCACUACACCGUGGAGAAACAGCUGAACGGGACUUACUGCAUCCCAGGAGGGAAGCCUCACUGUGGGCCGGCGGAGCUCUGUGAGUUUUACAGCAAGGACCCCGACGGGCUGGUGUGCACCCUGAGGAAACCUUGUCUGCGCUCUCCAGAUACGCCAAUACAGACUGGCGUGUUUGACAAGAUGAGAGAGAAAAUGCUGAGGGAAUAUGUGAAGCAGACCUGGAAUUUGGAGGGAGAAGCCAUGGAGCAGGCCAUCAUCAGCCAAGCUCCUCAGCUGGAGAAGCUCAUCGCCACUACAGCUCAUGAGAAAAUGCAGUGGUAUCACGGCAAAAUCAACCGCCAGGAAGGAGAGAGGCGGCUUUACUCUGGAGCUCAACCAGACGGCAAGUUUCUGAUCCGUGAAAAAGAGACAGCUGGAACAUUUGCUCUCUCUGUGAUUUACGGGAAAACAGUUUACCACUAUCAAAUCAUUCAAGAUAAAUCUGGGAAGUGGUCCAUGCCAGAAGGAACCAAGUUUGACACAAUCUGGCAGCUUGUUGAGUAUCUGAGGAUGAAACCCGAUGGCCUGGUAACCAUCCUCGGCGAGGCGUGUGUCAACGGCAAACCUGCUGAACAGACACCUAAUCUUCCUGCACAAAGGAGAGGUUUUGGAUGUAGAUACACACCGCCACCUGGAGCGGCAGCAGCUGCAGCUGCACAGACGGAUCUCCUGCCCAUGGACAGUCCUGGAUUCAAUCCGUAUCACAACCCCAACGAAAUCAAGAAAUUCAACAUCCAGAGGGACCAGCUUCUGAUGGACGAGGUGGAGCUCGGCUCGGGGAACUUUGGCUCUGUCAAGAAAGGAACCCUCAAGACGGAAGCGGGUCAAAUCGAUGUGGCCAUAAAGGUUCUGAAGAGUGAAAACGAAAAGAUAGUGAAGGAGGAGAUGAUGAGGGAGGCAGAGAUCAUGUACCAGCUAAGUAACCCGUUCAUCGUGCGCAUGCUCGGCCUGUGCAAUGCGGAGAAUCUGAUGCUGGUCAUGGAGAUGGCUGCUGUUGGUCCUCUCAACAAAUUCCUCUCCAGCAAUAAGGAUACUGUGACUGUGGAGAACAUUGUUAACCUGAUGCACCAGGUGUCGAUGGGGAUGAAGUACCUGGAGGAGAAGAACUUUGUUCACAGAGACCUGGCUGCUCGCAACGUUCUGCUGGUCAACCAGCAGUUUGCCAAGAUCAGUGACUUUGGACUCUCAAAGGCACUGGGAGCAGAUGACAAUUACUACAAAGCUCGUACUGCAGGCAAAUGGCCACUGAAGUGGUAUGCUCCCGAAUGUCUAAACUUCCACAAAUUCUCCAGUAAAAGUGACGUGUGGAGUUUUGGGAUCACCAUGUGGGAGGCCUUCUCUUAUGGAGGAAAACCCUACAAGAAAAUGAAAGGUCCAGAGGUGAUCCGCUUUAUUGAAAGUGGGAACCGAAUGGAGUGUCCAGCAAUAUGUCCAGAGAGAAUGUACGCAGUGAUGAAAGAGUGCUGGACAUACAAACACGAGGAUCGCCCUGACUUCAAGAAGGUUGAAGAGUCCAUGCGGAGUUAUCAUUAUUCCAUAUCCAGCAAGGCCAAAGUUGACGGAGUUGAAGCUGUCACUGCCGCAGAGCUUACCAAGAAGCAGGAAGGCGGAACAAAACCACAGACUUGCAGAGAGAUUCCAAACAAGUAACAAAAGUUUUCAGAACAAAAAAAAAAAAAAUCUCCACAGGUUGUUUACACAACCUUUUUGCUGCUUCAAUCCGAACAGUAAAUAAUUCACCUGAGGCAUUCAAACUAAUCGCCCACCCCCGCCACAUGCAGCCAUGUCCAUGGCCCUGAAACAAGUCUUCAACAAAGAUAGGACAUUCCGACCCAAACGCAAGUUUGAGCCUGGAACGCAGCGCUUCGAGCUGCACAAGAAGGCUCAGGCGUCCCUGAACGCAGGCCUGGACCUGAAGCAGGCGGUGCAGCUGCCCCACGGCGAGGACCUCAACGACUGGGUGGCUGUUCACGUCGUGGACUUCUUCAACCGCAUCAACCUCAUCUAUGGCACCAUCAGUGACUCGUGCACCGAUCAGACCUGCCCCGUCAUGUCCGGCGGGCCCAAGUACGAAUACCGCUGGCAAGACGAGCACAAGUACAAGAGGCCCACUGCCUUGUCGGCCCCCAAGUACAUGAGCCUGCUCAUGGAUUGGAUUGAGGUACAAAUCAACAAUGAGAAUAUCUUCCCCACUAAUGUCGGUACUCCCUUCCCUAAGAGCUUCAUGCAGGUGGCUAAGAAGAUUUUGUCACGUCUGUUCCGGGUGUUUGUACACGUCUACAUCCACCACUUCGACCGCGUGAGCCAGAUGGGCGCCGAGGCUCACGUCAACACCUGCUACAAGCAUUUCUAUUACUUUGUCACUGAGUUCAACCUCACCGACCACAAAGAGCUGGAGCCGCUGAAAGAGAUGACUGCCAGGAUGUGCCACUGAGGGACCCGUGUUCACGGCGCACCAACGCAUCCGUCCACCUGGAAGCCUGAAUCGGAGCAUGGAACGAGCGAACAAAUUCAGAGUCUAUUUUUAUAUUUAAGUACUGUAAUCUAUUUUAGCCACAUACUGUAGGUUUUAACCAAGAACCUUGUUAUGUGAGUCGUUCGGUUUUCAGACAUUUUAUGGGAGCGCAGUAUUAAGGGGUGUAUGUUUGUUGAUGUUUUUCUAUGUAAUUUGAAUCUAAAUCAUUCCAGGAUGCUAUCGUGUUUUUCUCUGUUUAAAACAAUUAGUAUGAUUUCACUCCAUGUCUAUAAAAUCUCUUUGUUGUUACAUUAAAAAAAUUCUCUACUCUUUCA